ACACCCAGCCCCGUAACCCGCACAGCCUGGUCCCGCACAGCCCGGCCCCGCACACCCGGCUCGGUGGGCUCGGAGCGCCCGCCGAGGAGGCUCCGCGCUGACAGGAGGCCCCGGGGAACGGCGCGGGGACUUUGCGCUGCCGGGGCCGCUCGGCGGGGCAGGAGCGGCCAAAGGCGGCCCCGGUACAUUUCCACCGCCCGCUCCCGCCCCUGCGCCGAGAGCUCCGGCCCAGCGCUCCCCGGCCGCGCUUCGCAGGGAGUCUCAAAGUUCACCAUCAGCCGCGCAUACUUGCAAAUAUUUGGCCAGCAGUGAACAUUCCCGCCGUCGGGAUUGGGACGCGCCGCCUCACCGGCGGUGGUUCCCUGCCGGCAGUGCCCCGGGGCCGGCGGGCUCGGAGCAUCCGCCGGCGGGACCCGCGGGGCUCGCCCGGGCACAGCGGGACCGGCGGGCCCGGCCCCGAGCGGCGCUAGGACCGUGCGGGGAUGGCUCCCGGCGGGCAGGGCGGGCAGCGCGGUGGCCGCGGAGCCUCGGUGGCGAUCGGCCGGGCAGCCCCGCCGGCUCCGGCCGUCACUGCCGGCCCCAGGCCCGGAGGAGCUGCCCCGCCUGCACGGGACAGCCGGAGCCGGGUCACCUGCGGGCCCCCUCACCCCCCGCACGAAUCAAGCAGGUGCUGGAUCCACGGCAGACUUCAGCAGGAGACCUCUCAGAGAACUCAAGGAUCUGGAAUAACCACUGCACAGAGAGGAGGCAGCUUACACUUCGGAGCUGGCACACAGGGCUGA